ACGUCAAGAUUACAACAUAAAAAUAUCUCACGUUCAACUUCAUACGUGUGUGUGAUUUCUAACCUCUCAGAUAUUGUUUAUAUUUAAAAUUAUUAUAAAUAAACAACAUAUUAAAUCUUCUAUUUUAUGUAUAACCAUGAGUGUGAACAAUAUGACUGUCAAUAAAAAUGAUGUUAACAAUACAGAGAAUAAUAUCAGCAUAAUAAAAAAUGAUCUUUUUCAUGCUGUGUAUAUUCCACCGGACUCUGAGAAUAAUACCCAAGAUUCACUAUAUGUUUUUAACGACAAGAUAGAGGCAUUAAAAUUAAUAAAAGUUAAUAAAACUGCUCGAUUAAAAUCAUUUUCAUCGAAGACUGAAGCUGAAGAAUUUGCCAAAUAUGGCUCAAAACAAAUUAACUCCCAGCAAAAUGAUUCUCAAAUUAUAUUACCAUAUAUUAAUUUAAAUGAAGGUCAAAUUGUAAAAAAAUUAUCUGUACCCGAAUCAGUUCCAUUUAAAGUGCCGAAUCCUCAGGAAUGUGUUCGUUUCAGAAAAAUUAUUGAAGAAGGAGAUUUAGUACUCAUUAAAUCAAUGGUUUAUGAUAAUCCGAGGUAUCUGAUCAGUAGCGCAUAUACUCCAGUAAUUUUGCAGGAGGGAUGUCGUUACAACGCUCUACAUAUUGCAGCUUGUAAAUCAACGAAACCUGUGGAAAUGUGUAAACUUAUUUUGUCAAUUAUAUCUGAUAAUAAUUUUAUUGAAAAGGCUGAGGGAAUGGAAUUAUCAAAAAUUACUAUUGAUCGUGCUAAAAUGUUUCUCGAUUUAUUUUUAAAUACACCCGAUAAAGGAUUAAACGAAACUCCUCUUCAUUUUGCUGCCAAAUAUGGACUCAAAGACGUUGUCAAGGUGCUAGUUUCAUACCCAGAAUGUAGUAAAACUUGUAAAAAUAAAUUCAAUUUAACUCCAGUUGAUGUUAUUUGCACACGGAGAUUUCAAGAGGAUCAAAAUUUAAAGCAGGAAAUUCGAAUGUUGAUAGAAGAUCAGUAUUUUGUUCCAGUAUUAAGAUCUGAUGAUAAUUCCCUUCCUCCAUCUAUUGGAGAACCUUUUUCUCCUGCCAGUCCACCAAGAAUUACAGUCGAUCCUUUAAGUCCAGUUAUCGAGGUAAAAGCUUUUGCUGGACCGAUGACUAAAUCUCAAGCUGUAGAAUUCCGGAAAAAAUGGAAAACUCCCCCAAGAAAUUUAUUUCCUACACCUUCACAACGUGAUGCAAGAUUAAAUGAUUCAUUUAGCAGUCUUGGAAGUCCAAAUCGCAAAGAUCCAUUACCACGAUUGCAAGACUAUGAAAAAGGAAUUGAAUCAGUUGGUAGAAAUUUGGCAGAAGAAUAUCAAGUGCCAUGGAAAGAGUAUUGGCCUUUUCUCGAUAAUUUUGUAGAUUUACGAUCUCCAGAAGGUUUAGAACUGUUGGAGAAUUAUUUAGCGAAACAAUCAAUAUUAUCAACCGCUCCAACUUUAAGGGCUCGCAUGAAAAUUAUGCGACAAAAAAAAUUAGAUUUUUCAAAAGACUUAAGUGAUGAAGAAUCAGAAUCAGAUGAUAUAUUUUAUACACCACCGGAAUCUCCAGUUUCUUUCCCAGAAUCAAGUGAAUCUUCAUCUUCUGAAGAUUCAUUUGAUGAAGUUACAAAUAACAUUCCAAUUAAGUUUAUAAAUGGUGAUUUACCAAGUAAAAUUGAUUGGGCAGUCUACAGAGCUAUUCCAGAACAAGUAGAUCGAGAAAUUUACCCUUCAAUAUAUUUAUGGAAACAUAUGAUAUCAACUUACAACCAAAUAGAUGAAUGCUGCAGUAUGUUCAGAAGGAAACUUUUACUCAGUCCCAACUAAUAAUAUAUUUUUUUUCAAAUCAAAACAGUUUUUAAUACAUUCUACAAGGACUUUCACGUUUGCUUUCAGAAAUAUUCUUAUAAUUAAAAAAAAAAUAUUUUUACUGUACAAAAUAUGUAAACAGUUGAAAAUUUUCAUAUUAAUGUGUUCAAAUAAUUCUACUUUUAUUAAAAAAAAACUUUCAAAGAAAAAA